AUGUUUGACAAGAAUGGAUACGCCGAGGAAGCUCAUAGACAUAACAAGGCAAUGGAGAACCUAACAGCUGAAAGAGAAAAGUACCUUGAAGAGGUCACUGAUAGGAGAAAUAGGAUAGCUCAACUAAGGGAAAAACUAAUUGAUGCAAAUAGGGAUAUUAAGUCAACAAACCAGUUAUUAGAACUCGCUAGAAGAAUCAAUGAGUUAACACGUAAGGCUAUGCCAAGGAAGCCGCAAUUAAGUAAUCACUACAAACCUAGCUCUGAGAUGGAAGAAUAUAUGACAAUAUUUGGUUUAGUUGCAGGUGGAGCAAUGGGUGGGUUAGCUUAUUUAAUUCUAUAG